AAAGAAUCGCUUUAACACAUCGACAGAAUCAGUGGAGCAGAACUGCAGUCUGUAGACCAGCCAAAGUGGACCUCCUCCUGUCGGAAGAGAAGAGAAGAGUAGAGAUUGAUAAAGCAGGAAGUAGUGGCAGUGUGGCUCCGUUUCAGCUCUGCAGGAAGAGAGGAGAAUGGGUGGAGGAUCGUCUACGUUGAGGCGAAUUUCUUGCGCUUCCUUCUGCAACGUCAACGACGACCAGCUUCUCUUCAAAACUAUAUCAAGUUCUACUACCAAAAACAAAGAUGAUAAAGUGAAAGUGGAGGUAGCAGAGCCAAAAGAAGUUGCAGCGAAGAAUUUUUGUGCGAUAUGUUUGGAGUUUCUCGCCGGAGCCGGAGGAGGUGACGGCGAGGGUAGCGGCCAGGCGAUCUUUACCGGGCAGUGUGGUCAUGCUUUCCACUUCCCCUGUAUCGCUUCCAAUGUCCGCCACGGCAGCGUCACCUGCCCCAUCUGCCGUGCCCACUGGUCGCAGCUCCCUCGCGAGUCCUGCGCUGCCACCGCCGACCCCGUCCUUCGCAUCCUCGACCACUCCAUCGCCUCCUCGCGCGUGAAUCGCCUCUCUUUUCUCCGUUCCACCCGAUAUGACGACGAUGACCCCGUCGACCUCCGCGCCGCCGACCGCACUCGCCUCCACUUCGGGCUUGUCGUCUCGCCGUGCUUUUCUUCUCUUUCUCCUCCUCUAAUGCCGCUGCCGGCAUUGCAGCACCACUGCUGCCGUAGGGAGGCACGGCGUAGCGCGUCGCCGCUGCUCGCGGGGAGCAGGAGGACCGCCGCCUAUCUCUCCGUGAAGCUUGCGCCUCAGCCGCCGAUCGACCUCGUCCUGGUGGCGAGCCCCAACGGCCCGCACUUGAGGCUGCUCAGGCAGGCCAUGGCGCUGGUGGUGUUCUGGACGCGGCCGGCGGAUCGCCUGGCGAUCGUCACCCACUCGACCGCCGCCACGCGCGCCCUACCGCUGCGCCGCAUGACGGCGCAGGGGAAGGGGGCGGCGCUGGCGGCGAUCGACCGCCUCUUCUACCUGGGCGAGGCCGAGCCCGCCGAGGGCCUGCUCAAGGCGGCGAAGAUACUGGAGGAAAGGCGGCACCGCAACCCGCUGUCCUGCAUUCUCCACCUCUCCGACCACCCAACGCGGAGCUACGUAUGCAGGGACCUGUCGCAGGCGCCCAUCCCGGUGUACAGAUUCCACGUCGGGUUCGGCUUCGGGUUCCGAUCCGGGUUCGUGAUGCACGAGCUGGAGGAGCUGCUGGGUCGAUUGGUCGGAGGCGCGGUGAUGGAUGCGCAGGUGAGGGUCGGCGAGGGGGUGGUGCGGUUGGGCGACAUGAGAGGCGGAGAGGAGAGGAGGAUCCCCCUGGAUUGGGUGGCGGACUGCGGGUUCACCACCGUCGGGUACAGCUACGUGGAAGCAUUGGGGGUUGAUCAGGCGGUUAGAACAGGGGAGGUGGUUGUGGUGGCGGCGGCGGCGGCGGAGAUAGGGGAGAAGACUAGAAGAAGAGAAGAUAACGACGGUGAACGGGCCGUGAUCGGAGGAGGAGGAGGAAGAGGAAGUGGCUGCGGCGAGGGUUGGGAUUACUUCGACCCUCUCAUGGCCCGGCGAUGGGCCAAGCACUUGCAUGGGCACAAGCUCUGAAUCGAUCGACAUUGUUCUUCAUUUUGAUCUUUAAUUGAGUCUAAAUUGGCACUUUAACUUGUUAUUGAUCUGUGUAUCUAUCUGUCUUUGGCCACAAAUGAAUCCAACAGACUAGUCGAGCUUGAA